CAGCUUCUGUCAAACCGAAGCAAAAUUUCACGGGCGGUGGUGUGUUCGUACUCGUGCAAACGUGGAACGGACGAAGCAGAAGCAGAUAGGUGGACAUCGAGUUCAAGCAGAGGAAUAAUUUUUCCCCGUUUUCAAUUAUAUUUUAAUUGCAGAAAGCAAGAAAAAAGUUUAUUAAAUAGCGCAUUCGCUAUAAAUUAUCAGUGCUAACACACCCGCUCUAAAAAGUGAUUGAAAAUUAAAGAAAAUGAGUGGACCCGCAUCGACAAGUCCAGCCACGGCGACAAAUAAGGAUGGUGAUUCCGCGUCGUCGGCACCAAAACGUCGUGGUAUUGUGAAACAGGUACUUUCGGGAGACACUGUGGUUAUUCGUGCAUUAAAAGGCGCACCACCACCGGAAAAGCAAAUUACAUUCUCUUACGUUCUUGCGCCCAAGUUAGCACGUCGUCCCGGUGCAGGAGGUGAUGAGACUAAGGAUGAACCAUGGGCCUGGGACUCACGUGAAUUUCUAAGAAAGAAACUCAUUGGUGAAGAAGUUUUGUUCUCGUUUGAAAAACCUGCCAAUUCUAAUAGAGAAUAUGGUUUCGUAUGGCUGGGCAAGGAUGCGGAAUCUGGUGAAAAUGUUGUUGAAACCAUGGUGCGUGAGGGAUAUGUAACUGUUCGUCGAGAGGGAAGACCUUCCAGCGAAUUGCAACGACUUAUAGAGUUGGAAGAUCAAGCCAAAAGUGCAAAUCGCGGUAAAUGGUCACAUGUGCCACCUGUUGAAAAAGUUCGCCAUAUUAAAUGGACUCAAGAGAAUCCCGCCCAUAUCGUUGAAUACUAUGGUGGUAAACCCGUCAAAGCGAUUAUCGAACAUGUUCGAGAUGGUUCGACGGUUCGUGCCUUCCUCCUGCCAGAUUUCCAAUACAUAACAUUGAUGAUUUCGGGAAUCCGUUGUCCAGGUGUGAAACUUGAUGCCGAUGGCAAACCAGACUUAAGCGUGAAAAUUCCUUUUGCCGAUGAAGCCCGUUUCUAUGUAGAAUCACGAUUGCUACAACGCGAAGUAGAAAUUCGUCUCGAGUCUGUAAACAACUCAAAUUUCAUUGGUACGAUUCUGUUCCCAAAGGGCAACAUUGCUGAAUCAUUGCUGCGCGAAGGUUUGGCCAAAUGUGUUGACUGGUCUAUGGCCGUAAUGAAGAGCGGAGCCGAGAAGUUGCGUGCUGCCGAGCGAACUGCUAAAGAAAAGCGUUUACGUUUGUGGCAUGAUUAUCAAUCCAAGGCGCCUACUGUUAAUGCUAAGGAGAAGGAUUUCACCGGCACAGUGGUAGAAGUUUUCAACGGGGAUGCCGUUAGUGUACGCCUGUCAAAUGGACAAGUUAAGAAAGUGUUCUUCUCUUCGAUACGCCCACCACGUGACCAACGUUCAGUUGUCGGCGCUGAUGGUGAGGUUGGUGUACCUCUACGCGGUAAGAACUACCGUCCGCUUUAUGAGAUUCCAUUCAUGUUCGAAGCUCGUGAAUUUUUGCGUAAAAAGUUAAUCAACAAAAAAGUGCAAUGUAACUUGGAUUACAUUUCGCCAGCACGCGAUAAUUUCCCAGAGAAAUAUUGUUAUACCGUGAAUAUUGGCGGACAAAAUGUUGCUGAAGCUAUGGUUGCUAAGGGUUUAGCAACCUGCGUACGUCAUCGUCAAGAUGAUGAUCAACGUUCUUCAGUGUACGAUCAGCUUUUAGCUGCCGAGAGUCAAGCUAUUAAGGGUCAAAAGGGCAUGUUUGGCAAAAAAGAUAAUGUGCCAUUGCGUAUCAAUGAUUUGACAGUUGACCAUUCCCGUAUCAAAGUACAGUAUCUUCCUUCUUGGCAACGUGCCUUACGUACCGAAGCUAUUGUUGAAUUCGUCGCUAGUGGUUCACGUCUGCGUUUGUAUGUGCCGAAAGAUAGUUGUCUGGUAACAUUCCUGUUGGCUGGCAUUUCUUGUCCGCGUUCUUCACGCCCUGCUCUAAGCUCCCCACAUGUCCCAGCUCAAGAUGGCGAACCUUAUGGUGAGGAGGCGUUAGCAUUCACACGUGAUCGCGUUCUUCAACGUGAUGUAUCAGUACAUAUUGAUACCACCGAUAAAGCCGGCUCUUCCGUUAUCGGUUGGCUUUGGACGGACAAUAAUGUGAACUUGUCGGUUGCAUUGGUUGAGGAAGGUCUUGCUGAGGUGCACUUCAGUGCCGAAAAGUCUGAAUAUUACCGUCAGCUUAAGAAUGCCGAAGAUCGUGCCAAGGCGGCUAAGAAGAACAUCUGGGCCAAUUACGUUGAGCAAGUAAUUGAGGAGAAACCCGUCGUCGUUGAAGAGGAGAAGGACGAGAAAGUACCCGUAGAACGCAAAGUUCAUUAUGAAGAUGUUAUUGUAACUGAGAUUACUGCCGAUUUGACUUUCUUUGCACAAGCCGUGGAAAAUGGUGCCAAAUUGGAAGCGAUGAUGGCCAAAUUGCACGCUGAAUUUCAAUCCAAUCCACCAAUCGUGGGUGCCUACACUCCAAAACGUGGAGAUGUGUGCGCAGCGCAAUUUUCUGCCGAUAAUCAGUGGUAUCGUGCCAAGAUCGAACGUUUGCAAGGCAACAACGCUACCGUGCUUUACAUCGACUACGGCAACAAGGAGACUGUGCCUACAAGCCGUUUGGCCUCCCUACCAGCCGGCUUCACCAGCGACAGGCCGUACGCAACGGAGUAUGCACUGGCCUUGGUACAACUUCCCUCCGACAAUGAAGACAAGGAAGAAGCCUUACGUAUCUUUGCCGAGGAUGUGCUCAAUCGUACUGUUAAAUUGAAUGUCGAACUAAAACCUGCCACUGGGCCGGCAUUAGCAACGGUGCAUGAUCCAGCCACCAAUGUGGACAUUGGUAAACAGUUGGUAGCCGAUGGUUAUGUGUUAGCCGAGAAGCGUCGCGAACGUAAACUCAAGGAUUUGGUGGAGCAGUAUAGAGCCGCUCAACAAGCUGCCUUGGCUGCACAUUUGGUCAUCUGGAAGUAUGGUGACAUCACCCAGGACGAUGCGCCUGAAUUCAGCCGCUAAAACGGACGUGCGCGAUAGCGUUUUUAAUGUUUGUCUGCCACAUACCCGCCCUACAAAAACAACAACAACAUUCAUAGCUACAUACAUACAUACAAGAAUAUAAUGGAAAUGAAAUUAAACUGAGGUAUAGUAAGAAUACAAAACAAAAAAAUAAAAAAAAAAUACAAUGAAAAGACGAGUAUUGAUUCAGAACAUGCUCUCGAGUGGAGUAAAAUCAAAAGAAAAUUCGAGCAGAGAUUCAGUAACUAUAUGUAGUAAUUACAUAUAAUAAAAAAGCUCAGAAUUUACAUGUAAAUUACAACACAUGUACAAAAAA